AGACGAUGCUGCCCGUGCAUCCAAACAUUACGCAAAACGAGAUGUCUAAAGAGUCGAGGAGCGAAGGACGUAGGAGGCGCGAGCAUUUGGCGCCCGGGCUGAAAGUGGCGUUUCUGGGCGGCGGCGACGGGCGUGAGAGGAGCGGACAGUACAAGUCGGGAGCUGGCGCCGAGCCCCGGGAUAGGCCGGGGCCUAAAAUGGGGCCUGGAGGAGAUGAACGCGAGAGAUCUGGCAGCGGCAGUUCGGGAUCCUCGUACGGGGGGAAAAGCAAGAGCUUGGCGGGCUGUGGCAGUUCUAAGGCCUCAUUCCAGCGAUCCAAUAGUCAUGACAAAGUCCGAAAAAUAGUUGCUCAAGAAGGACGGGCAGCCAGAAACCUGAUUGCAUGGAGCGUUCCCUUGGAAAAUAAAGAUGAUGAUGGAAAAUCCAAGCCUCACAACAGUGGAAAAACACGGGAGACAGUGAAAUCACAGCGAUCUGUUCCAAGUUCACAGAGGAUUUUAAAACAGUCUGUUUCAACUGAAAAGUCCUCGCUGAGCUCUGUUGGGGAGAAAAACGCAGUUGAGAAGAGUCCAACGAAAGGCCGGCAGCUCCGGAAGAUUGACUUGAGAGCACGCUACUGGGCAUUUCUAUUUGACAAUCUUAGACGAGCAGUGGAUGAGAUUUAUGUCACUUGUGAGUCAGACCAGAGUGUAGUGGAAUGUAAGGAAGUCCUAAUGAUGCUGGAUAACUAUGUGCGUGAUUUCAAGGCCUUGAUAGAUUGGCUUCAGCUCCAGGAAAAGUUGGAGAAGACAGAUGCACAAAACAGACCUACAUCUCUUGCCUGGGAGGUGAGGAAAAUGUCACCAGGAAGGCAUGUUAUGCCAAGUCCGCCUGCAGACAGGAUUUGCACUACAUCAAAUGCUCGAAGGAGCUUAAAUUUUGGCGCUCCCAAUACUAUGGCAGCACCCACAGCCUUGGUAGCAGCUCGCCUUGCUCCAACAGGUGUCAGUUGGGCUGACAAAGUAAAAGCUAAUGGAGCAGGUACAACUAUUUCUGCAGCUUCAAAACACAUCCAGAAGUCCUCAGCGCGGAUUAGAUUGCAUCCAAAUGACAGUAAAGAUACUGAAGGAUGGGAGACAGUGCAGCGUGGAAGAACAACACGGUCACGUUCUGCCACAAUGGCUGCUAAUGCCGGUACUAAGAUCUCAGGAACUAUGUAUCUGAGUCUUAAGGAUGACAGUGAUAAGGAAAAUGGAGUCUCAGUUUCACAGAAUGGAGACCUAGAAUUUGAACAAACCAGCCCCAGUUCUGAUAGUGUUACUGUUACACCAGAAAAGUUAAACAACCAGAAUGAAGAUUCUUCUAUGGACAGCUUUAAGCACACAGCAAACAUGCCGAUGGAUUCUGUGCAGCCUGAUAAUAUGCAAAACGAGUCCUGGCAGCAAGAGACAGACAGUGGUGAAAGAGAAAAAGAUGCGGUCUGCCUAUCACAGGAUAUGAAAGUGGAAGUGACACCCACUGUUUCUGUGCAAGAACCAUCUCCAUCAGAGAGUCCCAGACUGGGGCCUGACAUGGAUCUUUCCAGUGAGCUUUCAAAUCAAUCUAUGGCAGCAGUACUUGCAAAAGGGGAGGAGCUGGCGAAUCGUUUAGAAAAGGAGAAUGAAGAAGCAAUUGCUAAUGCCAUUGCUGAGGAGGAACAAUUAACAAGAGAAAUACAGGCAGAGGAAAAUAAUGACAUUAAUCUGGAGACUGACACUGAAAGCGAGUUCUCAGCCAGCAUGAGCAGUGGCACCUUAUCUCUGUGUGGUCUAUCCUCACAAUCCCAAAAUCUGGACUGGAAUGAUGUGUUGGCAGAAUAUGAUGCACGUGAACCAUGGCGCCAGAGCACAUCGUGGGGUGAUAUUGUAGAGGAAGAACCAGCACGACCACCAGGACAUGCCAUCCAGAUGCAUGAGAAGCUUUCCUCGCCAUCACGGAAAAUGACAAUUGCUGAAUCAAAAAAGAAACAUGAGGAAAAGCAGUUAAAAGCUCAACAACUCCGUGAAAAAUUAAGAGAGGAGCAAACACUGAAAUUACAGAAGUUGUUAGAGCGAGAGAAGGAAGUGCGGAAAUGGAAGGAAGAGCUGCUGGAACAGAGGAGGAAAAUGAUGGAGGAAAAACUGCUUCAUGCUGAACUUAAACGAGAGGUGCAACUACAGGCCAUUGUGAAAAAAGCACAGGAGGAAGAAGCCAAGGUUAAUGAAAUUGCUUUCAUCAACACAUUGGAAGCACAGAACAAACGUCACGAUGUGCUUGCAAAACUGAAAGAGUACGAACAGCGGCUGAAUGAAUUGCAGGAAGAAAGGCAUCGUCGUCAAGAAGAGAAGCAAGCACGUGAUGAGGCUGUGCAGGAACGUAAGCGAGCACUGGAGGCAGAGCGUCAAGCUCGUGUGGAGGAGUUACUAUUGAAACGAAGAGAACAGGAGGCUCGAAUUGAACAACAACGACAAGAGAAAGAGAGAGCAAGGGAAGAUGCUGCUCGUGAAAGAGCCAGGGAACGAGAGGAGAGACUAGCUGCACUUAGUGCAGCGCAGCAAGAAGCUAUGGAGGAACUGCAGAAAAAAAUACAGCUGAAGCAUGACGAAAGCAGUCGGAGGCACAUGGAGCAGAUAGAACAACGAAAAGAAAAAGCAGCUGAACUUAGCAGUGGUAGACAUGCCAACACUGACUAUGCUCCAAAACUUAUUCCCUAUGAACGGAAAAAACACUGUUCCUUAUGCAAUGUGUUGAUCACUUCAGAGGUCUAUCUCUUCAGUCACAUUAAGGGAAGAAAACACCAGCAAGCAGUACGAGAGAACAGCAGUAUCCAGGGUCGAGAGCUGUCAGAUGAAGAAGUGGAACAUCUAUCCUGCAAGAAGUACAUUACAGAUGUUGUAACUGAGACCUGUGUGCAUCCAGAGGUAUCGAAGGAUGCCGAAGAGAAACAAAAAAUCAGAAAGAAGGCAAAGAAACUUCGCGCUCGCAUGAACUCGAGGGGUAAAGAGUAUGAAAGCUCACUGGAAACCAAAGCUCAGAUUCCAGACUCUCCCUUCAAAGCAAAACUGCAGAGAUUGGUGAAAGAUCUUCUGAAGCAGCAGCAAGGACAGGAUAGUGGGUCAUGGGCAAACAACAAGGUAUCAUCUCUUGACAGAACACUAGGAGAAAUCAACCGUAUUCUGGAAAAGCAGAACAGCGCGGAUCAGAUCGGAUUCCAGGUUGGAGGAGGUCUUACUGCCCUCGAGCAGAUCCUUCAAGUUGUGAAUGCCAUUUCCAGUCCAAAUGUUGUUCCUCGGAUUCCAGUCAAGUUCAAGCAGCCAACCUAUGGACACCCUAUAUGUAUGAGUGAGCAUUUGGGAGACCAGCAGGACACUGUGGACCCUGUGCCUCAGCAGUCAGCCACUGGAUCCCUAUGCAAUGUGGUUAAUGCGUACUGCUUUGCCUGCAGUGGCUGCUAUGACAACUGCUUCUAUGUUCUGUUCAGUAACAAGAUCACCUUCUUAAUUGAACUGCUGAUGCAUCAGUUAACGCUCUUUGUUCCUGGUGAAGAUGAAGCCAUCUUUGGAAAAAGCGUGAACAAGCAAGUGUUUGAAGGCCUGACUACAGGACUGCUACAGACUUGUGCUACAGUGCUUGGUUGCUUGGCCAAUCAUCAGCCUGAAAUCAACAGUCACCCAGGAACACCAAAAAAAUCAGGGCAAGAUGCAAAAAAUAAUCUUUCUCAAAGUGAACUCUAUCACAGCAGGAUACAGGAUCUCAUCAGCUAUGUGGUGUACACUGGACUUGCUGAUAAGCUAUACGGCUGUUUCCUCUCCAUACAAGGACCUGUCGAUGAACAACCUAAAAUUGCUUCCUUUCUCCAAAACACUACAGCCCUGCUGCACAAUAUGUGUCGUCUUUGCUUCAAUAUUGUUAAUCGAUCGCACAACAUAUUUGAGAACAAAAGGCAUGACCCAACAGGACUAUCCGCAGUUUUGCAGUCUACUGAGCUAGUGGGCGUUCUCAACAUGCUUUACUGCAUCCUCCUUCAUGGUACGGUUCCUGACCACAACACCUCCCCACCAGUUGAAACCUACCCACAACAUAUCAUUCAAGUUGCGAUCCAGAGUCUUCGCUUCUUAAACAGCUUUGCAUUUUUGGAUCUUCCCACUUUUCAGGCUGUGUGUGGUGCAGAGGGACUCUCUCUGGCGUUCCGCCACAUUGUUAGUUCACUGCUGUGGUAUUGUUAUCAUCACACUAGUGAGGACCUGCUGCAUGAAGUCAUCGUCUGCGUAGGGUAUUUUACCGUAAACCACCCUGACAAUCAGGUAACAGUGCAGUCAGGGCGCCACCCUACAGUCCUUCAGAAGCUCUGCCAGCUGCCUUUUCAAUACUUCAGUGACCAGGGUUUAAUCAAAGUCCUGUUCCCAACACUGAUCACAGCUUGUUACAACAACUCGCAGAACAAAGUUAUCCUAGAGCAGGAAAUGAGCUGUGUCUUGCUUGCCACCUUUAUCCAGGAUUUUGCACAGAGUUUGAGUCAGACUGACAAACCAUCACACCAGGCGGCAGGAGCCGCUUGUAGUCAAGAUUACCUUGAGUUCUCAAACAGAUUUCCCCGUGAGAUGUGGGAAGAUGCCCGUAAAUUCUUUCUGCAGAAAGAGCCAGUUUGCUAAGAGGAAAGGGUAUUCGAUACCACACAAAAUAUUUGUUUAAAUGUUAGUCUUGUAACUCAUUCAGUGAUAUUAUGUUCUAGGACAUACUCAUUUGAUUUGCACAAACUGUAUAUAUUACCUGGUGUAUAUAAGAUCUUCAUCAUAAUCACUUGACAAUUUUUUAAGUGAAUCUUUCUAGCUUGUGUGCAUAGAGAAUAAUUUGUUUUGUUUUUGUUUGUUAGAAGAUAUAGCAGUCCCUUUAGGAUUGUAUUAAUUAAUUUAUUUAUUAGAAGUCAGUUGGUGGCUCAAAUAUUCUGACACAAUAAAAUUAUUUAUUUUCAUCUGCAUCAA